AUGUUCAUAUCACCCUACACCCAUUCAAAAUCACAGCCAUUCUCUCAUUUCUCAUACUCAUCCACCAACCUAUUCACAUCAUUCUCUUCAUCCCUACACGCACAUGCCCCCAAUGCCCGUAUACUCACCAAAUUCCCUAACGAAAUAACAGCAAUACACGCCAACCGCCUAGGAGUGGCUGCGGACCAGUCGGGUAAUAUCAAAUUAUUCAGCGAUACGCACGUACUCAAGCAAUUUAACUAUCACCGUGCACGUGUUAAUGUGGUCAGAGUGUGUGAGGGCCGGUGUGUCGUUUCGUGCUCUGAUGAUGGGAGCGUGGUGUGGAACGAAUUGGAAAGUGUGCGUGUGUUUGAUUGGCACAACGAUUACGUUAGGGCGGUGUGUGUGGAUGGUAAUGUUGUUGUAUCGGGUGCGCUUGACGGUCAAAUGGUUGUGCACGAUUUGAGGGAAAGCAAAAGUAUGAACCGGUACACGGCAGCUGAGCCUGUCAUGCAUUUGGAAAGCACCGAUGGCGUGGUGUACAUUGCCACGCCCACCGGCAUCACGCACUUCAGCCUCAAGGAGCAGAAAGCGGUGCAUCACACCAUUAAUUACGGAAUAAACGAUCUCAAAGUGAGCAACGGUCUUUUGUACGCGUGUACUGCCCAUAGCCUCACCGUAUACAGCUCUAACUUGGAGGAGGUGUUCUUCUGUCGUCUUAGGGAUGAAAGCGUGGGAAUGGCAUGCAAAGAUGGUGAAGUAAUGAUUGGAUUGAAGAACGGUACUAUUUUAGGUUUACGUGCGCAUUGCGAUAGCGGUAAAACGGUGGACCGUGACGAGGCCAUAAAGGGUCGAGUGGUUGGUGAGGAGGCGCACGGUCAUACAACGAGUGAUGAGAUGAACGACCAGGUGAUAGAUGAGAUCGUGUACGACCAAAUAACACGUGGUGAUAGCAAAGAAUAUGAGCAGGGCGACGGGGUAGACAGCAAGAAAAUGCAGAACGUAGCAGAGAAGCAUAGAAACGGCUGCAAAGAGCUAAAGGAAACACUCAACUCAACUGUUAACGGUGCGGUGCCAUCAUCUUCACUGCACUACAAGGAGAACGAGCAUCCCAUCCACAUCCUUUCAAAACCCUUCAUGGUGUACGACCGGUAUGAGCGAAUGCUCAGGAACCAUGAGUACCGCAAGUGUUUGAAGGCCGUUCUAACAGCCAACGAUAAACACCGCAUGUACCGCGUACUACGGUACAUCCACAACAAGGGAGUGCUAAGGCAAGCGAUCUAUAGGCACAAUGUACGCCUGCUCACCAAUUAUUUGAGCGAGUUCAUCGGUGAUCUGCUGCACAAGAGCAUAGCACUGAAAGGCCUUGUAAUUAUCAGCGGGGUAUUUGACAGGAUGUUGCUUCAGGACAAGGAGAUGCUAAGACGGGUUCGUUACGCAAUAAAAAAUGAAGAGCGCGUGCAGAAGGAGUGUGUAAAGACCUACGCAUAUUUAGAGACACUUUUAGAGAGUGUGAACGAGGAACAGUGA